AUGUCUUCAGGCAAGAAAAUCACCAUCGACCAAGUGCACAUUCCAUCGGAUUACGGCUCGGUUCUUCCACGAAGCUUCGACUACUUCGAGAUCAAGGAAGCAGAAGGCAAAGGCCUUGGUGCCUUUGCGACCCGUCCCAUCAAAGCCUUCACGACAGUCUUCCCCGAGCAGUCCAUCAUGUCUUUCAACAAGGAUCGUAGCCAAGUCUCAGAGAACAACCUCAUCGCAGCCUACAAGAACCUGAGCAGCCAAGACAAACACAUCUUCGACAAUAUGCGCAACUGCCAUGGCAUAUGCGGUUGCAAGUCCGGACUCUUCUUCGCCAAUGCCUUCGGCCUUCCAGGAGGUGUCGGUUGCUUCCCAAUCCGCAGUCGCCUCAACCACUCUUGCCAAGCCAACUGCAUGAUUGACACGCAUGAGAAGUACUACGAGAAGAGGAUCACGGUGCUCAAAGACUUGGAGCCUGGAGACGAACUCACGUUCCACUACUACCUCAACACGCAAUUCAUGACCUACGAGCAACGUCGCGCAGACUUUCGCGACGUCCCAUCCGCCUCGCUCGGUCCACACCGCGGCAUCUUGCCGGAUAUGGUCAUGGCCUCGUACAUGCUCCUGUUCUGCCACCUGGCAGAGGCUGAGGGUGUCAUCGUUGGGUCUUUGCUCGGAACCAGCUUCGUCAAAUUAAUCCACUGCGUGAUGUUCCGGUCGGCAAUGAAGCGAGUUCGACAGUUGCCUGAGAGCAUCUUGACCAAUGUCCAGACGUGGUGGAAGAAGGCACACUCCAACGGAUCUGGGGGCUCUGUCCUUGAUUACUUCGACAACAUGCUUUGGGACACAGUCGGGCUCUUCAUGUCGUGCGUUCGUGACGACGGCAAGAUCGACUCGAAGAACUUCGACUGUCCGCUUCGUGAUGUCACUGAGGACAACAGCUGGAGCGAGGUCAUGGUGGCGCUUGGGAUCCAGUCAAAGCAGUCCAUCCGAUAUACUCCAUACUUUGCGUGA